AUGAAAAUCAUUAUGUCUGUACACCAUUAUGUUUUGAAUACAAAAAAUAUUUUUAAUAUACAAUUAACUAUUUCUAAGCCCUAUCAAUUGAUGAUUACACCUGUUAAAAAUAUUUCUACAGUCGAAAUUGAUUCUUUAGAUAGUCUUUCUAAAUACAAUAAAUUAAUUCUUGAUUAUUUUAUUUACAUGGGAUAUGGAGAUCUGUGUUAUGACUUUUCAAAAGACCUUAACUUAGAAUUUAAAAAACAUCCACUUUUUAUGAGAAGAGCGAAAAUAAGAACUCUUAUAGAAGAUGGUGAAAUAGAAAAAGCCAUUGAGGAGUUAAAUAAUUUAGAUAUAAAUAUUUACAGAAUCAAAGAAGUAUUUGUAAAUUUUACUAUUCAUAAAGUGUAUGAAUUGAAACACAUUAAAGAGGAAGUAGAUUUAAUUAUUUACUUAAGAGAGACAUUGGGUGAAUUGGCUUUAGAUUAUGAAGAAAAGGUAGCGGAAAUUCUUGAAUAUAUUAUUUUUAAUAGUAAAAAUAUAGAAAUACAAGAUAAACGCAUUGAACUAGCAGAUUGUAUAAAUUUUUUUAUAUUAGAAAGGUUUAAUUUGCUAGACAAUGAAUUAGAAAAAGUUAUAAAAGGAAUUUUGUCAGAAGAAAAUAUUUUGUCGCAAAAAAAUAAGUUUGUAGAAUUUAAAGAAAGAAUUUUAGAACAAUAA